CGGGCGGGACGCCCCCCUCACGGACGCGGGGCGGGACGGCUCCCGGCGCCAUUUUGCAGGAAGAGCGGAGACAGGGGGAGCCGGGUGCGUAAGCGAGAGGGAGCCCGCCGCCUGCCAUGGCCACCGUGCUCUGUAAUAGAGCAAGAUUGGUCACCUUCCUACCAGGGUUUUAUUGCUUAGUCAAAAGAGUUGUAAAUCCCAAGGCUUUUUCUACAGCAGGUUCCUCUGGCUCAGAUGAGCCUCAUGUUGCUGCUACACCUCCUGAUUUAUGUCCAAGAACUGUAUGGCCAGAUGAAGUAAUGGGUCCAUUUGGCCCUCAGGACCAGAGGUUCCAGUUGCCUGGUAAUAUUGGUUUUGACUGUCACCUAAAUGGUACAGCUUCUCAGAAGAAAAUCCAAGUUCAUAAAAAUCUGCCUGAUGUAUUAGCAGAGCCUUCACCAAGUGAAAGGCAUGAAUUUGUGAUGGCACAAUACAUCAAUGAAUUUCAGGGUACUGAUGUUCCACAUAAACAGCAAAUAAAUAAUGCUGAAACUUACUUCGAAAAUGUGAAUGUAGAAUGUGCAGUACAAGUCUGUCCUGAACUGUUACGAAAAGACUUUGAGUCAAUGUUUCCAGAAGUGACUGCCAGUCGUUUAACAGUAUUGACUGUUACCCAGAAAACUAAAAAUGAUAUGACUGUAUGGAGUCAAGAAAUGGAGGAUGAGAGAGAAAUGCUGUUAGAAAAUUUCAUUAAUGGUGCCAAGGAAAUUUGUUACGCAAUUUGUUCUGAAGGCUAUUGGGCUGACUUCAUUGAUCCAUCCUCAGGACUGGCAUUUUUUGGACCAUAUACAAACAACACUCUGUUUGAAACAGAUGAACGCUACCGCCACCUGGGAUUCUGCAUUGAUGAUCUUGGCUGCUGCAAAGUUAUUCGUCAUAACAUCUGGGGUACUCAUGUGGUUGUAGGAAGUAUUUUUACUAAUGCUGAACCUGACAGCCCAAUCAUGAGAAAACUGAGUGGAAACUAGCAACCAUCAGAGUUUCGCAAGUUUGUGUAUGACCUCUGCAUUCUCUUACUUGGUGAUUCUCUAUAAGCAUUGACAGGAAAUGCCACACUUUGAAGUACUCUUACUUAGAUAAUAAAGUGUCUGUUAUUUAUUUUAGUCUUUGUGAAAUAUGUAUUCACCACUUGUGACUUAGAACAUUGUCAGUGUUCUAACAGAUACCUACAUCUGUCACAUGAAUUUUAAGCUGUGAGUUUCCUUCAUCUUGAAUGAGUCUGAAAACGUAUGUACAUAGUUAUCUGUGUAUCCUUUUUAAAAAUUAUAUCACAAACCACCCUUCUUAAGUGACUGUUUUACCUUUCAGUGUCUCUGACAAAUCCAUGUUCUUUGCAUUAAAAAUCCUGAUGCCAUUGACGUUUCUAGGAAUUUUACCAUUUACUGGAAUAAGGCUAAGAUUUCUAAUGUCAUCCUAAAAUAUAAAACUUAAUAAAAAUUAGAGCAGUGAGUGUUGGACUAAUCACUCAUUCACUGCUCCGAAAAGAGAAUAAUGAGAUAAGCUCUCAGUGAUCUGUAACUAUGACUAAUACUUAAGUAGGGAAAUGUUCACUUGACUGCUACAUCCAGAGACUUGACAAAAAGUCUUAAAUUAUGCUAGUCAUCUCAAUGUUUCUUGUCUUCAUGGUGCUUGGGAUUUUAUUUUCUCAGUGUUAGAGCUAAAUAUAUUUAAUUAGCUUAUAUAUUCAAAGGCAAUUUAAAGAUACUUUUGUAACUUUCUUAGGUCAUUAAAUACAUUGUUUUCAGAAAAGACAAUUGUAACAGCAAUAGUUAGAUAUCAUCCAUGUUUUUUCCUGUACUUGGAUCUAAUUGGGAUUUGUCUCUAAUUUUGAAAUGCCUGAGCAAAUGGCAAUUAUGAUCCAUUAUAAAAGUAUUUCAAUAGGAAGGUUUCAGUAAACAAGUCAGUCUCUAGGCAUUAUAAAAACCAUCAGGUCAAUUCAAGUUACUGGAGAAAGAACAAGGAGAAAAUUCAAGAUGUCUGAAAUUCCAAAACCCUUUGUCAGCUGCCUCACUACUGAAACUAAGUAAUAAACUAGAUUUUAAUCUCAAGAGUCAAUUAUCAGGGCCAUUUGUUGAUACCUGACUGCUGUAACUGUGCCAGUUUAUGCAACAAUGGGGAUCCUUUAGUCUUGAUUCAGUCAAAAUUUAAUGCACCUCUUGUCUGGAUAAUGGCUGCAUAAGAUGAUGCUUGGAGAGAUUUAGCUUCCUUUCAGGAAGGUAGGGGGGUUAUUCAUGUCUUUUUCCAAUAUUGACAAUUAAAUAUUUAAAACUUUUUUCCUGGGUUUGUAUACUAUUUUUAUUCCCUGCUCAGGGUCUAACCCUGUUAUCACCAAAGUCUUUUUGUUGACUUUAAUGGAUUUAGAGCCAGAUCCCUUACUAAGUGCCUGUGUAUGUCCCUGUUGGUGAUUGCUGCAAGCCCACACCUUUCCUCUAUUGUGGAGACAGCAGUGAUGAAGAAUCUCUCCCCUGGAGAUCUGAGUGCUGUCUACUUUAAAAUCAUUGCCACAAAGCCUCCAGUUCAGAGUUUAUCUUGCUUGUCUGCCACCAUUGUCAUCACUGUUGGUUCCAGCCUGCACACAUUCCAAGGUUGAAGUAUGUGGGUGCUGAGGCAGGAUUUGUUUAUUGCUUUGUCCUGGAACUGGUGCUGGUUUUUUCCAGAGUCCCAGUUCUUGACAUUCUCUUCUGUCCAAGAAGUUUGGUGGGAUUUAUUCUUUCUUUUUUUUUUUUGAUUUCAUCCUCAAGAGGAAAAUCCAAAAAUACUCAAGCAGGUUAUUCAUGAGGAUGAGGUCCAAAAAGAAAAAAAACCCAAAUAAUUGAGAAGCUGCAAAGUGUCUUGUCUGCUUGCAAAACCAAUUGAAACAAUCAUUUUGCAGAAUGCAGAUUGCCUCAUUUGACAAAAGAGGGUUAGUGUCUCUGCACAAUAGAAAUACACUGUUGUAGAAGACUUCAUUGGAUAAAUACUAGAAAAAUAAAAUCUGUGAAAUAAUUCGUAUAUGUAUUUUAACUGCCUUGGAGACUCUUAAUAUUAUCUUUUUUCAACUGACUUUGCUGUACUUGCUUUUUUAUGUUUUAUAAUGCAGAAAAAAAAAGUUGUCAGGCAGCUAUCCAAAUUAAACUAUGGACAUUAGGUUUUGAAUUCAUAUCCUUCCAAGUUUCAUGCUGGAAAGGUAUACAGUGGCUUUUAAGAUGGUUUCAACCUGAUGCAGAAUCUUGUCCUCACUGAUGAUAGUGGAAGUUUUGUCUUGACAUCACUGACGCUAAUAUUUCAUACCAGAAUUUGAGGGGAGGUAAGAUUUCCUGAUAUUUUUCUAAAUAACUUUUUCUGAUAUAUACAUAUUUACUGAAGUUCUCAAAAGAGGAUAGCACUGUUCCAGUUCUACUUCCCUCAUAUCAAAAGAAUUAUUGUAUGUUAACUUGCUACUAUGAAAUAAAAGUUCUUGAAUACAGUGUAAUUAACUUCUGAUAAUAAAAGCCAAAACUUUUUUACUGUUACAAAGUGACUGACUUUCUAUGGUAAAGAAAAAUAAACACAUGAAAAGAGCUAUUGUAUGUAAGGCCACAUCUCUCUUAGUGAAAACUACUGUUUUAUGGGAAAUACUACUUGUCUUAACUUGAAGAUGCUGAUAACUUGUAAAAGUUAUUCAUUUAUUACUAAAUAUGCCAGAAAUUCUUUUUUGCAAUAAAGUCCAUAAAAAGUUA